AUGGGACUUUCUAAAAAAGAUAUGUAUAACAUUGUAAAUAGAAAGACAAGGCUGAAGUUAAAGUAUGGAGAUGCUAUGGCAAUGCUAGAUUAUUUCCAUAAGAUGACUGUAGAUAAUCAAAAAAAUUUCCAUAUGCAUAGAGUAGAUGGAGCUAGGAGGUUAAAGGAUGUAAUGGGGGUUGAUGCUCGUAGUAGGGUUGCGUAUGAGAAUUUCGGGGAUGUGAAAGAAAUUCCCUUUAAGAAUGAGAAGCGGAAUGUUGUUGUGGCCUUCGACAUGGAAAUGUCUGAUGUGGAGUGUGUUUGCAAACACUUUCAAUGCCAUGGAAUACUUUGUAGUCAUAUUGUAAAAGUGUUGGAUAUACAGUUGGAUGGUGCGGUUCCCGAGAAGUAUGUCCUUGAUAGGUGGUGGAAAGAAACUCAUCGUAAUCAUACUAUGGUGAAGGUAGCAUACCACGAUCCUUUAAAAACUGAAGAAGUACAACGAUAUGACAGGGCUAUGUUGGCCUUUGAACCUGCUGUACUUCGGGUAAUGGUUUCAGAUGAUUAUAAUGCAUUAUUGAUAAAGCAAAUUGGAGUAAUGAGUUUGCGUUUGGAGGAGAAGGAGGGGAAACCUGUAGGGGUUGCAUCAUGGUAG